AAGCCAGAAUGUCCCCAGAACAAAGCUGUCCUGUUGUGUUGUUUGUCUGAGUUGGGGGAAGCAUGUUCAGGGGGCCUCUUGCUGAAGAGGGGCUGUUCUCAGCCCCAGACAGAGGGAAGGCCUUGGCUGAGGAGCCGAUUGGCGCCCUGGCCUCCCGUUGCCCAGUGACAGCGAUGGCAGUGUUGGCAGGAGGUCUGGACAACCCCACCUCACUCCCCUCCCAGCUUGAGGCCUGGCCCUCCUGGGUCCCUUGACCCUGCAGGGCAUGUGAGAGCCUGUGUGCUGGGUAGGGUGUGCAGGGGAUUCUCCAUACAUUCUGGUCUCUGCCCUCUCUGCCUUGGAAUCUGGCCAGACGGGGCUCUGGGCUUGGCUCCCAUUCAGGAGCCUAACUAAGAUCUGAGGUUCUCCUAAACCCCCUUGCCAGCUUCUCACCACAAUCAGUAGCUGUCUGCCCUCUCCCAGUGGCUGAAUGGAAUCAUCUGGGUCCUUCUUGCCUCCCGCCAGCCCCUCUCCAUUGCUCUGUGUACCUGGCUCUCUCACGAUCACCUUCUAUCCUUCUUUCACACUGUCUCUCUCUGCUGUCUCUGUUUGCUCCCGCUUUGUUCCCACUUCGUUCCCACCGCUUCCUUCCUCUCACAUCCUGUCUGGGUCUCCCUCUUGCUCAGUCUUCUCUCUUUCUUUGGAUCAUUCUCUGCCUCUUGGUCUCUACUCACUCUCUUUUGAUCUCUGGGUCUCUUAGACCAGUGGGUGGGGGUGAUGGAGGUGCCAAUGACAGAACUAGGAAAGGACAUUGUAGGACAGAACAACCGAUGGUGACUGUUUUACUCUGUACAAAAGGGAGGGAGAGACUCUAUCUCUGGGUCUCUGUCUCUGUCCCUUCCCAGUCUGCACCUCUCUCACUGUGUUUUUGCUCUUGUUUAGUUUGUGUUUCUUUCUCACUUAGUCCACGGGUCCCUGUCUUUCUCUCACACUGUCUCUGACUCUGUCGUUAUUCAGGAUUUCUCUUCCAAUCAUGACCUCUCUCUGGGACCCAGGCCUGACUUCAUCUGUGAUUUCUCUUACACACUCUCUCUCUGGGGCACCCAGGCCUUCCCUGCCAUGCGACCUGUCAGUGUCUGGCAGCGGAGCCCAUGGGGGCUGCUGCUCUGUGUGCUGUGCAGCUCAUGCCUGGGAUCUCCAUCCCCAUCCACGGCCCCCGAGAAGAGGGCUGGGAGCCAGGGGCUGCGGUUCCGGCUGGCCGGCUUCCCCAGGAAGCCCUUUGAGGGCCGAGUGGAGAUACAGAGAGCUGGCGAGUGGGGCACCAUCUGCGAUGACGACUUCACACUUCAGGCUGCCCACGUCCUCUGCAGAGAGCUGGGCUUCACAGAGGCCACGGGCUGGACCCACAGUGCCAAAUAUGGCCCUGGAACAGGCCGCAUCUGGCUGGACAACCUGAGCUGCAGUGGGACUGAGCAGAGUGUGACUGAGUGUGCCUCCCGGGGCUGGGGGAACAGUGACUGUACCCAUGAUGAGGAUGCCGGAGUCAUCUGCAAGGACCAGCGCCUCCCCGGCUUCUCGGAUUCUAAUGUCAUUGAGGUAGAACAGCACCUGCAAGUGGAGGAGGUGCGACUUCGGCCGCCGGCCGUGGGGAGGGGCAGGCGGCCCCUGCCAGUGACCGAGGGACUGGUCGAAGUCAGGCUUCCCGACGGAUGGUCGCAAGUGUGUGACAAAGGGUGGAGCGCCCAUAACAGCCACGUGGUCUGCGGGAUGCUGGGCUUCCCUAGCGAAAAGAGGGUCAACACGGCCUUCUACAGGCUGCUGGCCCAGCGGCAGCAACACUCCUUUGGUCUGCAUGGGGUGGCGUGCGUGGGCACGGAGGCCCACCUCUCCCUCUGCUCCUUGGAGUUCUAUCGUGCCAAUGACACCACCAGGUGCCCUGGGGGGGCCCCUGCGGUGGUGAGCUGUGUGCCAGGCCCUCUCUACGCAGCAUCCAGUGGCCAGAGGAAGCAACAACAGUCGAAGCCUCAGGGGGAGACCCGAGUGCGUCUAAAGGGUGGGGCCCACCCUGGAGAGGGCCGGGUGGAAGUCCUGAAGGCCAGCACGUGGGGCACAGUCUGUGAUCGCAAGUGGGACCUGCAGGCAGCCAGCGUGGUGUGUCGGGAGCUGGGCUUCGGGACUGCUCGAGAGGCUCUGAGUGGUGCCCGCAUGGGCCAGGGCAUGGGUGCUAUCCACUUAAGUGAGGUUCGGUGCUCUGGACAGGAACCCUCCCUCUGGAAGUGCCCCCACAAGAACAUCACAGCUGAAGACUGUUCCCAUAGCCAAGAUGCUGGAGUCCGAUGCAACCUGCCCUACACUGGGGUAGAGACCAAGGAGACCUGGUACUGGGACUCAGGGAAUAUAACAGAGGUGGUGAUGAGUGGAGUCCGCUGCACAGGGUCUGAGCUGUCCUUGGACCAAUGUGCUCAUCAUAGCACCCACAUCGCCUGCAAGAGGCCAGGAACUCGUUUCACUGCUGGAGUCAUCUGUUCUGAGACUGCAUCAGACCUGCUGCUGCACUCAGCACUGGUGCAGGAGACCGCCUACAUCGAGGACCGGCCCCUGCACAUGCUGUACUGUGCUGCAGAAGAGAACUGCCUGGCCCGCUCGGCCCGCUCGGCCAACUGGCCUUAUGGCCACAGGCGUCUGCUCCGAUUCUCCUCCCAGAUCCACAACCUGGGACGAGCUGACUUUAGGCCCAAGGCUGGGCGCCACUCCUGGGUGUGGCACGAGUGUCAUGGGCAUUACCACAGUAUGGACAUCUUCACUCACUAUGAUAUCCUGACCCCCAAUGGCACCAAGGUGGCUGAGGGCCACAAAGCUAGUUUCUGUCUGGAAGAUACCGAAUGUCAGGAGGAUGUCUCCAAGAGGUAUGAGUGUGCUAACUUUGGAGAGCAGGGCAUUACCGUGGGUUGCUGGGAUCUCUACAGGCAUGACAUCGAUUGCCAAUGGAUUGACAUCACAGAUGUGAAGCCAGGAAACUACAUUCUGCAGGUGGUCAUCAACCCCAAUUUUGAAGUAGCAGAAAGUGACUUCACCAACAAUGCAAUGAAAUGUAACUGCAAAUACGAUGGACAUCGCAUCUGGGUGCACAACUGCCACAUUGGUGAUGCCUUCAGUGAAGAGGCCAACAGGAAGUUCGAGCGCUACCCUGGCCAGACCAGCAACCAGAUCAUCUGAGGUGCUGCCACCCUCCUCUGCAAACCACCACUGGCCCCUAGUGGCAGGGGUCUGAGGCUACCAUUACCUCAGGAGCUUACCGAGGAACCCCUGAUGUCAGCAGGCCAGCCAUGCUCUUCCAGUGUGCGCUAUGGAUGUGGAACCGUCAAGACGAAGUUCUCGCCCUCCUUCCUAGGCCAGCUGCCGGAUCUGUGGCUAAGCACGGGGUAUUUUUGCUCCCAGACCCAGCACUGAGUCAAGCACGCUACAAAGAACAGCGCCUCACUGACUGCCCAGAACAACAGACAGCAGGAGCUCAUUUUCUUGAAUAGGGAGGUCAGAAUGGUCAGCUCCAGUAUCUCCCCUAGGUUCAGGGGGGAUACAGCUUUACCUCUAGCCUCUUCAUGGGGGAAAAGAUCAGUAACCCCCGCCCUUAUUUUUGACUAAAACAUGAUGCUAGGUAUAAUUUUAUUUUAUAUAAAAAGCAUUUGUGUGA